UCCGCCCGGCCCGGGUCAGUGGCUGGAGCGCCGCGCACCGCCAGCCACGAGGGGCGAGCGAUGGGGGCGGCCGCGGAGGGGUGCGCCCUCGCGGAGUAGAGCCAACCGCGCACUUGGGAAGGCGGCGGGGCUGCGCGUCCCUCCGGCGCCCCGGGAACUUCAAAGCGGCGGGCGCUGCCAGGGCGCCAGUCGGCUCCGCCCGGUGGCCAUGACCCGCGCGCUGGGCGCCGCGCUCCGCCAGGCUGUGCUGCUGGCCGCGGCCGCCGCGCUCUCCGCAGGACUGAAGUGUGUUUGUCUUUUGUGUGACUCUUCAAACUUCACCUGCCAAACGGAAGGAGCAUGCUGGGCUUCAGUGAUGCUAACCAACGGAAAAGAGCAGGUGAUAAAGUCCUGUGUCUCUCUCCCAGAAUUAAAUGCUCAAGUCUUCUGUCAUAGUUCCAACAAUGUUACCAAAACCGAAUGCUGCUUCACAGAUUUCUGCAAUAACAUAGCACUGCACCUUCCAACAGCCUCACCAAAUGCCCCCAAACUCGGACCCAUGGAGCUGACCAUUGUUAUUACUGUGCCAGUGUGCCUGCUGUCCCUGGUGGCAGUGCUGAGCAUCUGGGCAUGCCAAGGUCGACAGUGCAGCAACAGGAAGAAAAAGAGGCAGAAUGUGGAGGAGCCCCUCUCUGAAUGCAACCUGGUAAAUGCUGGGAAAACUCUGAAAGAUCUGAUUUACGAUGUGACUGCCUCUGGAUCCGGAUCUGGGUUACCUCUGCUGGUUCAGAGAACAAUUGCCAGGACGAUUAUCCUCCAGGAGAUUGUAGGAAAAGGCCGAUUUGGUGAGGUCUGGCAUGGAAGAUGGUGUGGGGAAGACGUGGCUGUGAAAAUAUUCUCCUCCAGAGAUGAAAGAUCCUGGUUUCGCGAGGCAGAAAUUUACCAGACGGUGAUGCUGAGACACGAGAAUGUCCUUGGUUUCAUUGCUGCUGACAACAAAGAUAAUGGAACUUGGACCCAACUUUGGCUUGUCUUGGAAUAUCAUGAACAGGGCUCCUUGUAUGACUAUUUGAAUAGAAAUAUAGUGACCGUGGCUGGGAUGAUCAGACUGGCACUUUCCAUAGCUAGUGGUCUGGCCCACCUUCAUAUGGAGAUUGUUGGUACACAAGGCAAACCUGCCAUUGCUCAUCGAGACAUAAAAUCAAAGAAUAUUUUGGUGAAAAAAUGUGAAACUUGUGCCAUAGCAGACUUCGGAUUAGCUGUGAAGCAUGAUUCUAUACUGAACACUAUUGACAUACCUCAGAAUCCUAAAGUGGGAACCAAAAGGUAUAUGGCUCCUGAAAUGCUUGAUGAUACAAUGAAUGUGAAUAUCUUUGAGUCCUUCAAACGUGCUGACAUAUAUUCUGUUGGUCUGGUUUACUGGGAAAUAGCCCGAAGGUGUUCAGUUGGAGGAAUUGUUGAGGAAUACCAGUUGCCUUAUUAUGACAUGGUGCCUUCAGAUCCCUCAAUGGAGGAAAUGCGGAAGGUUGUUUGUGAUCAGAAGUUUCGACCAAGCAUCCCAAACCAGUGGCAAAGCUGUGAAGCACUCCGAGUCAUGGGGAGAAUAAUGCGAGAGUGUUGGUAUGCCAAUGGGGCAGCCCGCCUCACUGCCCUUCGUAUUAAGAAGACUAUUUCUCAACUUUGUGUCAAAGAAGACUGCAAAGCCCAACGAUGAUAAUCAUGUUGAAAAUCUCUCGCAGCUUUUUUUUUCUUCUUCUCAUUUUCCCUCUUUAUGUGAAUGUGUUUGGCCUUUGUUGUUGUUGUCUACCUCAAUGAUAAUGCAGUACAGUAUUUAAGUGUGCAAAGGCAGCAUGAAAAAAAAUAACUCACAUCAAGCAGGAGUUGACUUUAUCCAAUCUUCAUGUUUAAUUUUAUUUUGAAAAGCAAAUGUAUCAGUUCAUGUAUUUAAUAAGAAAGAUACUGUAAAGGUGUAAAAUAAGCUAUGUAAAAUAAUAAGCAUUCUUAAGGUUUUAUUUUACUUGAACCAAAAGUGCAUGAAUGAAUGGAAAAAAAUGUGUUGAAAAAAAGUGAGAUAAAACAUUCAUUAAAAAUGUGAACUAUAUUAUGUUACAUCUAAUCAAAAUGUAACAUCAUGCAGUCUAUGGUGUUCUCCAUUUUUAAAAUUAAACAGGAUCUUUAAAAAAAUAAAUGUUGCUCCAAAUUUCGUAUACAAAACAUGGAAAAGUGGAGCUCCUCAGUUGGAAGGUGGAAGUGAGGUCUAGGUCCCAGUUACUUGGUCCUCUAAACCCUGCCUUUCCCUACUCUUCAUAAUCCAUCACCACAGCAGCCCCUGAAGCAAACAGUUUGAAAUCCACUGGAAUUGUUACUUCCUCUUAUUUACAAAAGAGAUGCUUGACAUUUGGAGACAUGGAGAAAUGUCUCAAAGUCACACCACUAGGGGUAGAGCUGGCUCAAGUCUGAGCCUCGUGACCAUCCACACUGUAGAGUUAGCUAGCUUCUUACUACUCUUUUAAUUCCAACGUUAUUUUUCUUCCUGUGCCAAAACAUCUUUCAUGAUGAUAUUUGUGGUUUAGUAACACAAGAUAAAUUGAGGGGUUUUUGUUUGUUUGUUUGUUUGUAGAAUCAUAAUGGACCUACAUGAAUAUCCAUUGAUGUUUUUUUUUCAUAGAGUUGUCAUAGUCACCCUAUUUGUUAGACAAGUAUGAAUGUUUUCUAAAAACUUGCAGAGGUAAAUCAAACAAAGAUCCAUUUUCAGAAGAUGUCUUCAAGAUGCAUUUCAGAGGUCCUUAUUACUUUUGUGCAUACACAUUUAGAAGGAAAAGAACAGAAAAGGAAGAGGAAACUAGGAAAUAUCUUGAAAAAAAUUAAGAAAACCUUAAAUGAAGUAUAACAACCAAAUUCUACAGAGUGUAUCAGUAAGUAUAAGUAGACAUUUCCUACUCUUUCAAAAUGAGUAAGUGGGUGCAAAUGAUAAUAUUGCCUGUAUUCUACUUCCUAUGGAGAUAGAAGUGAUGAAUUCUGAAAAAUACAUAGAACAUGAAAUAUUUCCUACAAAUCUACAAUUCUGUUUUCAUGAAGGAGUUUAAUAUUGUAUCUUCUAUUGUUCUAAAAUAUUAUUUUCUAAACUCUGUUUCUUAGAACACUCUUCUACUGAGAUGAUCCAAGACCAAAAGGAUUAUUUGACAGAUUCUUAGAAUGUGACACUGCACGUUAGUGUGUCGUGUGCGUUGAUGGGUCUCGCAGGAAAGAAAUGCUAUUUGGAUUUCUUUAGACUGGAUUUCCCAAAUUAUUUGACCAUGGAACCCUUUUAUUAAGAGGAAUAGAAACCUUUUACUACCCCAUUUUUCAAUGUUCUACAGAGCACAAUUUUGGUAACAGUGUUCUGAAAAAUACACAUUUUUUUCCCCAUAAUAGAUCGAACUGCAGUGCUUAUAAUUUAUUUAUCUGUGGACAUGUGUUACUGAACCCUUCUUCAUUUGACUGGGAUGAUACAUCAAAGCCAAAAACCUUGAAGCUGUAGUUUGUAUAUAGUUUUCAUUCUUAGUCACCCAUUCUUUAAUUAAUGUGGGGCACCCCAUAUCUUUCUCGCCACAAGAUUGGGCCCAAUAGGGAAAUUAAAAGAUAGGUACCUUCUGCUCUCAGGGAUUUUAAACUCUAACUUGGGAAUGGCAACAGACAUGUAGGAGUGUGGGGGAAGAAAGCAAAUUGGCAAAUAAAUAUAACACAAAGUAGUAUAUUUUGAGUUCUAUAUGACAAAUUAAGAUGAUUUGACUUCUGUAUGACAAAUUAGGAUGUUUUGAGUUCUCUAUGACAAGUUAUUUUCAAUUUGCAAUACAUUUAGAAACUUCUUUAUUUGGCUAUUCCAGACGAUCUAAAUAAUAUGUGAUAUUUUUAAAAUUGCAUAUGUGAAGGAUUUUUUAAAAAAGCUUAUGUGAAGGGAGUAACUUUGCUCAUGCUUGUUACCUUCAUUUCUCAUAGGUUGUUUCUGCACAUAUGAGAAUGAAGUUAUUUAUUUACUAUGGUUGUACUAUAGUUUCAAAGAAAUGAGGAUAACAUUUUCUGUUUUACUCACUUAUGUUGGGUGAAUAUACUUACUUAAUUUUUAAGAAAGGCUGUUUUAAUCUCUCCAUUUUCCUAUGUUUAUAAUUUAUUUGAGUAUGUCCAAAUAUAAUUUCAUGUUUUUAUUGGUUCAACUUUCAAUCCAGAGAAAUUUGUACAUUUUGAGAUUUUUGUUUUGUUUUUAUGUUGGUUAACUAUAACUCCUAACUCAAUAGUUUUAUAUUUCAUUUACCAAGUACAUUAUUUUUAAGAAAGGGGGUAAAUUAACAAAAACAGUUAGAAAAAUUAAAAGUUCUAAUUUUUCUUAAUUAUCAAAAUUAUAAACAUAAAAUGCUCAUUUAAAAAUAAGAUAAAGUUUAAAACAUUAAGCCAAUUUACUGUAUAUAUCUAUGCUGUAAAACUUUGUUUUUGUUUUUGAUGGAGUCUUAUUGUGUAAUAUUUAUUUAUUCUGAAUUGUGUUAAAAACAAAAAAAUAUUGUUCUUUGACUCAAAGUGUCAUUAUUCUUUGCUCCUUUUAAAUAUUAUGUCUUUGAGUAUAAUAUAAAGCUUGGGGAAAUUCUAUUUAUAAAAUUUCAGUACUGUAUAAAAUAAUGAAGGAAUAUAUAUAUAUAUGUAGCGUCACUUAGUUAAAAUAAGGGAAACAAUAUUUGUUGACAAUUAUUUGAGCAUGAAUUUGUUAUCUUAUAAUCUUUGCACGUAACUGGGUACAGAUUUUGCCGUGUGCUUUCUUCUAUGUCUAACAUAUUUGGCAUGUAACAUAAAAAAUUCUUAAUUUUUGUUCUGACUUGAAAGUUAAGUGAAAUAUGACUGUGUCAUGCACUAUUUUAGGUGUAGCACUUGCUUUUCCUCCUUACACUUUCAGUUAACUUUGCAUUUUUAAUUCCAUGAUUGUAUGAAAAUAGUAUCCUGAUUGCAGUGUCUGAAGAUUUAAAAAUUGGGUUUUAAUUUAAAAUGAAGAUCUUCAAUAGAUUCACUAGAAGUCCCAUAAUAAUUUAGUACUGCUUUUACUUUAAUAGAAUGAUUAAACAAAACAAAAGAAAACUGCUAUGCUGGAAUUUUACCACCAUGUGACUUAUUGGGGGCAGAGAGAACUCAGGGCUAUCUUUGAGUUUACACAACAGGACGAGGGCACCUACUAGCAAAUCAUCUGAAAGCAGGGAGCCCACAUUUGCCAUUAUUCAAAAAUCCAACAUAAAAUUGCCUGGCAGAGAAUAAUUUACAAUUAAUUAUUUAAAAUAAAUAUGGAAAUGUAUUUUGUUUAAAUAAAUGUAUUUAAAAUAUGGAUAUUUUAUUUCCCAUUGGGAAGUUAAGUAAAAGUAGAGUAUCAAAUGAAUACAGUUGAUAGCAAUUGAUGCUUUCAGUAUUCAUUCCUUUAAAGAAAUUUACAAAUAUGCCAUUUUAAUUUACUUGGAAUGUUUGAGAAUUCGUAUCUUAAAGUGUUAUUGCUGUGGACUUUGGAGAUAUUCUAAAUAUCAUUUCUUUUGAGAAACAUACUACUAUUAUGUGUCACAAUACUUUGUGUUAGUCCUCCAUAAACUAAGACCUAAUGUGGACUUUAUGCACUAUUUAGUGAAGAGGAUAAUCUUUCUGCUCCUGAGGGUUUCUACUAAACAGAAAAAAUGUCAGUUGGAAAAUAAGAAAAUUAAUCCAAGAGCUAAUGUUAAAAAAAAAAUUAUAAUACAGGCAGUUUUAUGAAAGAUUUCAAUGCAAAUUUUCAGAUAUUUGACUUUUUUUUCCCUUCUCCAGAUUUUCUUUUACAUUUCAUUCCUUUUCUCACCUCCUUUUUCCCCUCACUGUCUUCCAAAAUUAGGUUUAGUCUCUAAUUAAAAAAAUAAAACAAAACAACAACACUAGUUAUUAUUUAAUUUAAUGAUCUCAGUACUUAUUCUAAUGACAUAAUAUAUCACUGGUCUAAAUUAUUACAGAUGUAUCAUAGACAAAAACAAAAUCAGAACUUGGAAAUCAUAAAGGAUCUAAAAUAUUUUAUAAUUCAAUUCCCAUAUUUUAUAGAUGAAGAAACCAAGGAUCAGAGAUGCUAUUUAUUAGCAGAACUGAUAUCAGAACCCAUGGGGCCAACCACCAUGGUGCCUAUUAUAUCCAACUUUUAUUAAUGAAAAAAUAAUGAACAUGCAUCUAACCCUACCUUGAACGUGCCAUUUGGUGGUGAUGAUCAAAUCCUACUCUUUAUUUCUGCUGAAAUAAUUUGCUCACUCAUGGUGAGGUCAGUGAGAAAAACAAAAAUGAGCUAAGGAAGAGUUUUAAAUAGCUAGGUAGUGCUGAAUAAAUUUUAUGAAUUAUGAGAACAUGGAGUUUCUUCAUGCAAGUAAUGAUAAGAGAUGUUUCAUAACUCUUUUUCUCUCCUUUUUCUAAGAUUGCUGUUUCUCUUUAUGCAUUAGAAUGGGGGUGAAAGAUGAUUUGGUAGUUGAAUUUGAGACAAUGUUGAUAGCAUAUUAUCUUCUCUCCUACUUUCUCAUUAGUUUAUUUUCGACACUCAUCUUUUUUGUUACAUUAAAAAUUUGUAUUUCCUCAAUUCUAAACAGUCUGUAAUUCCUAUUCUAGUAGUUCUAGCCCCUGUCAGAUUGCUACACACCAAACUUCUCCACAAGAUUUUACUUUCCCACACCCACAUGUGAGAGGUUGCAUCUCAUGCUUUCUCUAGUAAUGUUUCACUCGGCCUGAUGAAGAGGGUGUUUGUUAAAGGUAGAGUGGUUUUCUUUCACACUUUAAAGAAGACUAUCAGUCUACUUAUAUUCUAGCUUUAGCUAACAUAUAAGGAAUGUGUCUACAUUUGCCUUAAUGCUGAAGUCCACUUAAGAAAUAGUGACUUGAGCAGAGAAUGUGAAAUGUAUAUCCCAUAAAGUGAUUGCUAAUGCUAUUUCUGCAUACUACUGCUUGUUUUGCUUUGGCCAUCUUUUAAAAUUAAGGUAUUAUCACAUAUGGUUUAAAUACAAUGUUAUAUUGAAAUUAGGUAACAAUUCCCCAUUUUAAUAUUUUUCUAAUGAGGGCUGUCAGGGUACUUCUUAAUUUAGUUGGGAGAGUAUCUCAUCCUAGAUUUUAAUAUUUUCAGAUAUGACUAUAUUUUCUUAUUAUUGGUCCAUGUUAUCCUACACACAGCUCUUCUCCCCAGAUCUAAUAGUUCUGACUGCAAAAUGCUUACUUACCCUGGGUUACAUGCACCUGAGCGGUAAAAGAGCCAGUAUGAAUCUGAGUGUAUUGGGAAAUUAGCCUAUACCGGGUGCCACCGGACCCAGCUGGGCCUGUGUGUUCUGCAUACACACGCUCAGGGGCAGAUAGGGGCUGAAAUCCCACCUGUAACUGGUUCCUCAACUCAGAAAUAGUUUUCUAUUUUUUCAGAAAAGGGCCCUGCUUAUACUUCAGAAAAUGAAAAUUUCAAAGUGAUGUUGGCAUUUGCAAACACAAUAGAGAACUGAGAGGGGGAAAAAGAUAUUAGAUUUUCAUCAUAAUAUUCCCAAAACAGCAAAAGAGAGUGUAUGAUUUACCCUGUUGAUUAAAAUUUUCAACUCAAGACAUUCUGCACCAAAACACAUAGACCCUAAUUUUGGUAUCUCUGAGUUUUCAUUCCAUGUACAAACAUAUUCAUUGACUUUGCCUAUAAAGGGGCAAUUACAUGUGUAAGUUCUGAUUAAUGCAGGUAUAGAAUGAGACUUACCAAACUCCCCAUUUCUUCCAGUAGGCUAAAUACAAGUAAUUAGAAAAUUUUUAAAUAAUCCAACUAUUUUUUGCCUUUAUGUAAAGUAAGGACAUCUGAGCCAAAAUAUUAAAUUCCAGUUCAUUUCCACAAUGACUAGUAUCAAGCUCUUCUACUCUUUUGAUUCUAGACUGGAGAAAAUUAUUCAAAUUUAAUCUGAGUUUCAGGUUUUAAAAUGUCCUAAAAACAGAAAAUGAGAUUCAGAUCUCAGAAAAAGGGGGGAUUUUGGAUUGCCUUUCAAAGUACUAAUACUAAUUAUACUUUUGGUAGUGUGACUUUUCUUGUACCUGAGAGCACAUUACAAAUGUCAAAACCAUUGCAGUUUGACAUUGUGAAACUUGCCUUGAACUCUUGAACUACUGUGAAGAAAAAGCACUGUUGUAAAGACUUAUUGUAAGUUAGCUGAUGUUCUUAAGUGUGUAACAUAUAGUAUCUUUCGAUAGGCCCAAGUGACUGUAUAUAAGGAAUAUGAAGAAAUAGGCCUUGAAAUGAAAGUUGGGCAAUAAAUGAUAGCAAAAAGUAUGCAAGUAGCAAUUUUAAUAGUUGUAAUUAACUGUUGAAGCUGAAGAGAAUUCCAAAUUCCAAAGAGAAAUGAAUGAUAUUCAGGUGUUUCAUUGAUUUCUGGUCGGUGGAAAUAUGCAUUUUAUAGUACAUGUAAAAUAUUAUACUAUUAUUUUUGUUUAGAAAUAAUAUUAUUUUAAAUUUAAAAAACUCAGUGAUAGCCUUCAUACCAAAAUGUUUAGCUUUAUUAACAGCAAGUCAUAAAGUAUUUAUUUUAAAGCUUUUCAAAUAUAACUUUUAGCUGCUUCCUGAUGUAAAUACUUAUUGUCCUAAAUGUUAUAUUUUUAUGUAUGAAUUUUCUGAAAAUGUAUUGUUUUGUAAAGUGGCAAAGAUAAUAAAUUAAGCACUCCUUGCACUUGUUUCUGUGAAUCAUAUAGAACUCUAUUUUAAAUAAAAUGAAAAUGUGUCAUC